CUUGAUUGCACAACAACACAAGAAAACAGCUGACAGUGUCAGUAACAGUACAUGAGUACAGUUAACAUGAUAUUGAAAGAAAGAACAACAGUUUUAAACCAUUGAUACGUAAGAAACUGAAGAUGCCUAAAAUAAAGAAAACAAAGGUGAACAGUAAAUAUGUACCAUAUGCAUCAGGAUUUCGACCUCCAAACAAAGAUAAACAACUUAAGGCUAUUGGCUUUGAUGGUGGAGUCCCACUAGAAUAUCAUGCAUCAAAACAUGAGAAUUUUGAAUUCUUCAAGUCAGUUCCAAAACCUACAACUAUAGAUGACUGGUUAGCACAAUACAAUGAGGAAGGACAAACAUACAAACAAUUUCUACAGGAAUGUCCAUGGAUAUCAUCUAGGAAGAGAAAGAGUGUGAAACAGAGGUUUGUUCCUGGAGGGACCAACAUACUGGAGAAAUAUCCAGAUGGUAAAAUUUAUAUUGUACCUGUGGGAGAAUUUGAUGGCCAUCAUUACUUCUAUUUUGAUGAGCUCGCCAAGUUUGCUGAGAUCUAUUUAGGAAUUCCUGUUUCUACACUGCCUGGUGUGGAUCUUGAAGUGAAAAGUAAAGAGAGAAAAGCAUUAUGGGUAGAACAUCCAUCAGAGACAAGUCAGUUGAAAAGCGACACAAGAAGAAGUAGUUCAAGAACAAAACAACGCACAUUAGAAAGUAGAUUUAAAGGCACUCAAUAUCAGUUGGGUGUUAAAGAUUUACUAAAAAUGCUUCAUCUCAAGAUUCCUGAUGAUGCACUUUGUUUUAUUGGGUUGACUAUGAGUGAUUUGUUUUGUGAUGAUACUGAUCUCUUUGUGGCAGGAAUGGCUGCUGGAAAUCAUCGUGUGGCUAUUUUCAGCUUUUAUCGUUACAAUCCAACCCUUUCAUUUUCACAAGCUGAUUGGUUUGAUGUAACCAUGGACAAAAAACAGACGCAAGAAAACGUUGGAAAGAUUAUGUUUCAAAGGAGUUGUAAACUUUUGGUUCAUGAAAUUAAUCAUCUUUUAGGCAUUGAUCAUUGUAUAUUUUAUGAUUGUUGCAUGAAUGGGUCGGGUCAUCUUUCAGAAGAUUUUCGUCAGCCUAUGCACCUUUGUCCUGUAGAUCUACACAAACUUCAGAAAUUAGUUGGCUUUGAUACUCUUAUAAGAUAUAACAAACUAUUGAAAUUCUAUGAGAAACAUGACAUGGAAGAAGAAAGAGAGUGGGUUUCCAAGAGAAUCAAAAUGAUUGGACAGAUUUCCAAAUCAUAAAAUCAAGAGCAGUAAGUGUUAGGUAAAAGCAGUUGGAGUUGUCUCACCUUGUUUAUAUAUAUUUACAAAAGUGUUGAGAUGUUGACCUUAUUUGUAUUUUUAAAAGUAACAUUUCCUUGGAUUCUUUAAAUUAUAAUCAAUAAAAGUUAUGUACAUAAAAGUCAAUGUUUUGGGAAAUCAAAGAAGCACAAUUUUUAUCAACAUAUUUUAUUUUAAAAAAAAAGACCAGUUAUUAAUAAUUAUAUGAUCUAUAUUAUGGUUAUUAAUUUUUAAAAAAUAAACAGAU